CGCCAGAUAAUUUUAUUUUUCCGCCACACUCUUGUAUUAUAAAAUUUUCAGUAUCGAUUGGUUUAUUAUUUAUUAUACAAUUUUUUCAAAUGUAUACAUAUUUAUACGUUCCCUUUUUUAUCUCAAAACAUCACAUUAUAAAAUGUGUUGUUUGUUAGCCCUCUUUAGUGCAUUUAAAACGACGAGCAAUCGUCGAUAUAAUCUUCUAUUCCUACAAAUAAUAUUUAGUGAUUUUUAAAAUAAAAAAAAACAAGAAGAAAUCAUGUAAUUUUAUUGUUAUAUUUGAUUAAAUGAUCAUCAAUAUAACGUCUUCUUAUGAUCAAGAAACAAAUGUCACAAAAAUCACAGAAACAAAGGGAAUUUUAAUCGAUGUUCAAGAGACACCUUUGUCUUCCAUAUCAUCGAAAUUCUUCAUUCAGGACGAUUCGGAAAGAGAAAUGUUUUACAAAAGCUAUGAUCCGAGAAAAGGUAUACAUAUUGCAACAUUUCUUGGUAGCUUUCUCAUCCUGAUCCUAUGCUUCAUAAUAUACAAGGACAAGAAAAAAGUAAUUUUAUGUUUCAAGCGAUCUAUAAUGAAUGAUAAUUACAAUCUUUCUUAUCUCGAAAAAUGUAAACAAAAUUGUAAAUGUUGUGAUUCAUGUUUAGAUCGUAAACCAAGGAGCAAUAAUGUUUAUGGGAUGCGCAAAACAGAUUCGCGCAUUAAAUUAUACUCUCAGAUGCUAAAACAUAAUCGACAAGAGCAAGUUGCGGAAUUUCCAGAUGCCAUUAAAUUUUAUAACAAUCAAACAUACAAUUAUAUCAUGAAAGCGGGACUCGGUGCCGCCAUAGUGCCAAUGUAUUCAUCGUUUACUCCGUUAAAUGCAACCGAUAACUACAAAUUACUUUUGCUACUGACUGAUUCGAAUUAUUCGUCUAUUUAUUAUCCCGGACAUAAUAGUUUAAAAAGUGACGAUGAAGAAUAGCGGAAUAAAUUUAUAAUUAUAAAUCUUAUGAUUAAUAUGCUCAUUUUUUAAAUAUUUUAAAAUAUUAUAAAUACUUUAAAUGUUGACUAAUUUUGUAAAUUUCUAGUCAAAAAACUAUGAAAGGCAAUUUAUUUACUAGCCAUAUGAAAGCAAUGAAAAAUAUGUUUUUUAAAAUCUUUGUAUGUAUUUGGACACCCUUUAAUAAAUAUACUUAUUUCGG